AUGGGACAGAAAGUAACGACUCCUUUGACUUUGACUUUGGAUCACUGGACUGAAGUAAGGACUAGAGCUCACAAUUUUUCAGUAGAUGUAAAGAAGGGACCAUGGCAGACUUUUUGUUCAUCUGAAUGGCCGACCUUCAAGGUGGGAUGGCCACCAGAGGGAGCUUUUAACCUGUCUCUUAUUUUCGCUGUCAAGCGCAUUAUCUUUCAGGAGGAAGGUGGGCAUCCCGACCAGAUUCCCUAUAUCACCGUUUGGCAGGACCUGGUCCAGAAUCCCCCACCUUGGGUUACACCCUGGACCGUGGGGUCCGGAGCGACGGUGGCAGUUGCGGCAGCUAAACCUAAGCAAACCCAACUGCAGGCCAAGACCCAGCAGACGGCGGGUCCUUCAGCACCCCCGAAGAUUUACCCCGAGAUUGAGGAUCCUUUGUGGACAGAGCCUCAGCCUCCCCCUUAUCCUUUGCCACAGCCAUCGGCACCCCCGAUUCCGGCACCUGCCGAGAGGGACGGGGUAGAGGGGCCUGCGGCGGGGACGCGGAGCCGGAGAGGCCGCAGCCCAGAGGGAGAUUUCACGGUUGCCUUGCCCCUCCGUGCCUAUGGCCCACCACCGGGCCCCGAUGAACUUGUUCCUUUGCAGUAUUGGCCUCUCUCCUCAGCUGACCUAUAUAAUUGGAAAAAUAAUCACCCUUCCUUUUCAGAAAAUCCUGCAGGCCUGACUAGGCUUCUUGAAUCCAUUAUGUUUUCCCAUCAGCCCACUUGGGAUGAUUGUCAACAGCUCCUGCAGAUACUCUUCACCACAGAGGAGAAAGAAAGGAUCCUGUUAGAAGCCAGAAAGAAUGUCCCCGGACCGGAUGGAACCCCCACUAGUCUCCCCAAUCUUAUAGAUGAAGCUUUCCCCCUGACCCGUCCGGCCUGGGAUUUCAACACUGCGGAAGGUAGGGAGCGUCUCACAGUAUACCGCCGGACUCUAGUGGCAGGGCUCAGAGGGGCCGCACGGCGACCCACCAAUUUGGCUAAGGUAAGAGAAGUUCUCCAGGGACCGGCAGAACCGCCCUCUGUUUUCUUAGAGCGAUUGAUGGAGGCUUAUAGGAGAUAUACGCCGUUUGAUCCCUCCUCGGAGGGACAGCAAGCAGCUAUAGCCAUGGCCUUCAUAGGGCAGUCUGCCUCAGACAUUAGGAAAAAGUUACAGAGAUUAGAAGGGCUCCAGGACUACACUUUGCGAGAUUUAGUAAAAGAAGCAGAGAAGGUGUAUCAUAAGAGGGAAACAGAGGAAGAGAAACAAGAGAGAGAAAAAAGAGAGACAGAAGAGAGAGAGAACCGGCGUGAUCGCCGACAAGAGAGGAAUUUAACUAAGAUUUUGGCCGCAGUGGUAGGUGAUAGAAGGGUAGAGAGAGGACAGUCAGGGUACCUGGGCAACGGAACAAGAAGACCUCUAGGAGAAGAAAGACCACCACUUAAAAAGGAUCAAUGCGUAUACUGUAAAGAAAGAGGACAUUGGGCCAGAAACUGUCCUAAAAAGAAACAGAGAGGAUCCAAGGUAUUGACCUUUGAAGAGGACUAGGGGAGUCGGGGCUCGACUCCCCUCCCCGAGCCUAGGGUAACUCUUUCAGUGGAGGGGACUCCUGUCGAUUUUUUGGUAGACACAGGAGCAGAACAUUCAGUUUUGACCAAGCCACUGGGACAAUUGGGGCAAAGAAGGACUAUGGUAAUGGGAGCCACUGGUAGUAAACUUUACCCCUGGACCACUAAACGAGUUUUAGAUAUAGGAAAAAGCCAAGUGACUCAUUCUUUUCUUGUGAUUCCUGAAUGCCCCAUGCCCCUAUUGGGAAGAGACUUAUUAACCAAACUCAAGGCUCAAGUGCAGUUCACCACAAAAGGACCGAAGAUAACCUGGGAAGAGGCCCCUGUUGCAUGUUUGGUUUUAAGUUUAGAAGAAGAAUAUCGCCUCCAUGAGCAGAAUCCCAAACAGCUACUAGCCCCUGAGUGGCUAUCUGCUUUUCCUGAAGUCUGGGCUGAGCAGGCAGGGAUGGGGUUGGCCAAACAGGUACCGCCAGUAGUAGUGGAUUUAAAAGCCGAUGCCACUCCAGUUUCAGUCAAACAAUACCCUAUGAGUAGGGAAGCUAAAGAAGGCAUCCGGCCACAUAUUCAGAGACUGUUACAACUAGGGAUUCUAGUGCCUUGCCAAUCCCCUUGGAACACUCCUCUCCUGCCUGUACGCAAACCUGGGACUAAUGAUUAUCGGCCAGUACAGGAUUUAAGAGAAGUUAACAAAAGGGUACAGGACAUUCACCCUACGGUUCCAAAUCCUUACAAUUUACUGAGUUCUCUACCACCAGAGCGGACUUGGUACACUGUCUUAGACUUAAAGGAUGCCUUUUUCUGCCUUCGGUUGCAUCCCAACAGCCAGCCACUAUUUGCUUUCGAGUGGAGAGAUCCAGAAGGAAGACACACUGGUCAGUUGACCUGGACACGGCUACCCCAGGGGUUCAAAAAUUCCCCUACUCUCUUCGAUGAGGCACUCCAUCGAGACCUUGCACCCUUUAGGGCACAGAACCCCCAGAUUUCUCUUUUGCAAUACGUUGAUGACCUAUUGAUUGCUGCUUCAACCCAAGAACUGUGUUGUGAUGGGACUAAAAAGCUCCUAAAUGAAUUGGGUAAGUUGGGGUACCGGGUGUCUGCUAAAAAAGCUCAGCUGUGUCGCACUGAGGUGACCUACCUAGGAUACACUCUCCGAGAAGGAAAGCGGUGGCUCACCGAGGCUCGAAAGAAAACUGUGAUGCAGAUCCCGACCCCUACCACUCCGCGACAAGUACGUGAGUUUCUGGGGACGGCGGGCUUUUGUAGACUUUGGAUACCGGGGUUCGCAACACUGGCAGCCCCUUUAUACCCUCUUACAAAAGAAAAGGUCCCAUUUACCUGGACCGAGGAACACCAAAGAGCCUUUGAGGAUAUAAAAGCUGCACUAUUGACAGCCCCUGCCCUGGCUCUGCCAGAUUUGACUAAGCCUUUCACCUUAUAUGUUGAUGAACGGGCUGGAGUAGCCCGCGGGGUCUUAACUCAGGCUCUGGGGCCCUGGAAACGCCCGGUAGCCUACUUGUCAAAAAAGUUAGACCCGGUCGCCAGCGGAUGGCCCUCCUGUCUAAAAGCCAUUGCUGCCGUGGCCCUGCUUGUUAAAGAUGCUGACAAGCUUACCCUAGGUCAACAUGUGACUGUCAUUGCUCCCCAUGCUCUGGAGAGUAUCGUGCGGCAGCCCCCGGACCGGUGGAUGACUAACGCACGGAUGACUCACUAUCAGAGCCUGUUGCUAAAUGAACGAGUGACUUUCGCCCCACCUGCCAUUCUUAAUCCUGCUACUCUUCUCCCUGAGAUACAUAACUCCACCCCAAUACAUCAAUGUGUCGAUAUCCUGGCGGAAGAGACCGGAACAAGGAAGGACCUGACUGAUCGACCAUGGCCAGGUGUGCCUGCUUGGUACACGGAUGGUAGCAGUUUUGUGGUGGAAGGAAAAAGGAGAGCGGGAGCGGCAGUGGUAGACGGAAAGCAGGUAAUCUGGGCAAGUAGUCUUCCAGAAGGAACUUCAGCUCAAAAAGCCGAACUUGUGGCUUUGACUCAGGCCUUGCGAUUGGCAGAAGGUAAGGCCAUUAACAUUUAUACCGACAGCCGGUAUGCCUUUGCUACAGCCCAUAUACAUGGAGCCAUCUAUAAGCAGAGGGGGCUACUCACUUCGGCGGGAAGAGACAUCAAAAACAAAGAAGAGAUUUUAGCCCUUUUAGAGGCAGUACAUUUGCCAAAGAAGGUGGCCAUUAUUCAUUGUCCAGGUCACCAAAAAGGAGAAGAUCCUAUAACAAAAGGGAACCAAAUGGCGGAUCUUGUGGCAAAACAGGUGGCCCAGCAGGUAACAAUACUAGCAGAAAAGAGUCAGACUCCAGUGGAAACUCCAGUCACUGAUGACUCUAACCACAUUUAUUCAGCCGAUGAUUUUAAAAUAUUAGAAAAUAUGGUUAAUAGAAAACAAGCUCAAGAAUUCAGCUUUGAUGGGGUAGCGCGGACUAUGGAUGGGCGAGUGAUCCUGCCAACAAAAGAAGGAGUAAGUUAUGUUCAGAGACUACACCAGUUGACUCAUUUGGGAGCAGAUAAGCUAAAACAACUUGUCAAAGCUUCUAAAUACCAUGUGUUAAAUUUAAAUUCAACAAUUAGGCAGGUGAUUGACUCUUGCCAGGCCUGUGCGCUUACUAACGCUGCUAGGCCCUAUCAUGAACCUGGAAAAAGAAGACGAGGAGACCGACCGGGAGUCUACUGGGAAGUAGAUUUUACUGAAAUAAAGCCAGGAAAAUACGGUAAUAAAUAUCUAUUAGUCUUUGUUGAUACCUUUUCAGGAUGGGUAGAGGCUUUCCCCACUAAAUCUGAAACUGCUCAGGUGGUGGCCAAGAAUUCUUGAAGAAAUCUUACCCCGGUUUGGUGUACCCAAGGUAAUCGGCUCGGAUAAUGGGCCAGCUUUCGUUGCCCAGGUAAGUCAGGGAUUGGCCUCGCAACUGGGGACAGAUUGGAAAUUACAUUGUGCAUAUAGACCCCAGAGUUCAGGACAGGUAGAAAGAAUGAAUAGAACUCUAAAA